AUUUCACAGUUCAGUAGUUUGGGUUCAACGAAAUAUGCCUCUUUUAAAUGGAAAUAUUAAAAUAAUUUGUUGAAAAGUUUAACGAUUAAGUGAACAGGAACCAUGACGUAAAGAAAUCCAGGGUAUAAACAAACUUGUACAUGUACAGAGAUAAGACGGUCGACAUAUAUAACAAUUGUGACGGAUGAAAUUAGUCGUGUGUUUAUUAUGGAGCGUUACAUUGGUGGCAUCACUUAACAGAGGGUUAAUUAUACAAGCCGAAGCUAAGUUAGACGGACUAAAAAAUGCCUUGAUAGAAUUAGAACAUGAAUUUCAAAGAGAUGAAAAUCAUGUUCAAAGAUGGUUCAGUUCUAUUGACGAGGAAAUGAGACGCUUAAACAAUGAGUAUGCUAAUGCUGAAUGGGACUUUGAAACAAAUAUGUCCAAUAAAACAGAAACUGAGCAUGUUCACAUGGCAAUUAAGGCAUCCAGAUCAAUGAGAGAAAUAGCGUUAAAGGCUAGAGAAAAACAAAAACUGCACUAUUUGAGAAAAGAUACCAGGCGGAGGCUCAGAUUACUGUCACAGUUUUCUGAUCCAACUGAUAAAAAGGUUUUAGAGCAAUUGACGAAAACUCGAUCUAAACUUGAAAAUAUUUAUGCUGCUGGUACCCUUCAAAAAGACGGCAAGGUUUAUAACAUGGAACCAGAACUUACAAAACUAAUGCAAGAGGAAAGAGACCCAGAUGUAUUAAAUUGGGCAUGGAAAGGAUGGCGGAACGAGACGGGCAAACAAAUGAAGUCUUUAUAUGCAGAAAUGGUCAAAUUAUUAAACUUGGGAGCAGAAGAAAAUGAAUAUUCUGAUUAUGGUGACGCUUGGAGACAAGGUCAGUUUGAUGAUACACCUGAAUUACUUCAAAUGUGCGAGACAUUAUGGAAAGAAGUUUCACAUCUGUACAAAAAGCUACAUGCCUUUGUAAGAAUGAGACUAAAAGAUUACUACUCAAAGCACUUUCCAAGCUAUAAGUUUCCAACUGACGGAACAAUACCAGCACAUCUACUUGGAAAUAUGUGGGCACAAGAGUGGCAAGGCGUCUAUGAAAUUAUCAAACCUUUCCCGGAUGUAUCAGAAACUGACGUCACGAAAGAAAUGUCGAAACAAAACUAUGAUGUACAUAAACUAUUCACCAUGGCGGAAAAAUUUUACAUGUCUCUUGGUUUGGAUCCAAUGACAAAAACCUUUUGGAAAAAGUCAAUUUUGGUUCGACCUAAAAAUAAAAAAAUUCAGUGCCAUGCUUCAGCAACCGAUUUUUUUACUGACGAAUCAGACGAACAAAAUGAUGACUUCAGGAUCAAAAUGUGUACUGUGGUCGAUUCUACAUACUUUGAAACUAUACAUCAUGAGAUGGGCCAUAUACAGUACUUCAUGGAAUAUAGGAACCAACCAGUCGUGUUCAGAGACGGUGCCAACCAAGCAUUCCACGAGGCCAUUGGUGAUACCAUAUCAUUAUCUGUAAAUACAAACAAACAUCUAAAAGCUGUCGGACUCAUUCCUAAAGAUCAUACAAACAAUCUGGAGGAAGAAAAAAAAAGGGAUUUGAACAUGCUAAUGAAACAAGCAUUGUUUAAGAUAGCUUUCCUGCCUUAUGGUUAUCUGAUCGAUCUUUGGAGAUUUCGGGUAUUUGACGGUACGAUUCAUGAGGGUGAUUACAAUAAACAAUGGUGGAAACUGAGGUUAGAAUACCAAGGAUUGUCUUCCCCUGUUGUAAGAACAAGCGAAGAUUUUGAUCCGGGAGCAAAAUUCCACAUACCAUCCAACUCGCCGUAUAUAUGUUACUUCGUCAGUUUUAUAGUACAGUUUCAAUUCUAUGAAUCCCUUUGUAAGGCGAGCGGGCAUACAGGUCCAUUGCAUACCUGUGAUUACUAUCGGUCUAAAGGAGCAGGUGAUAAAUUAAGAUCAUUUCUGCAGUUGGGGCACAGUAAACCUUGGCGUGAAGCAAUGAAAGUUCUGACUGGCACCAUGGAUAUUAAAGCCGAUGCUAUAACAGAAUAUUUCAGCCCAUUGACAGAAUGGUUGGAUAAAGAAUUACAAGAAAAAAGUCAAACUGUUGGAUGGGAAGGCGCCAAAAUUAAUUUUGAAUAAAUAUAUUUAUAGUGUC